ACUUGCACAUGCGCACAAUGAAUAAAUGACGUCACAACUGAGUUACGCUUCCUGCUGCGGAAUCUGACCGAACACCGGUCCGCGUCGCUUCGCUGUCCCGCAUCAUGUUCAGAGCAGCCGCCCGCCUUUCCUUCUCCGGUUUUCGGAGUUUGGCCCACAGGAAGCCGGGGUGCAAAGCUCUGUUGGCCUCCAGGUGCUAUUCACACGGGAAACAAGAGACAGAUGAAGAGUUCGAUGCCCGCUGGGUUACCUACUUUAACAAGCAAGACAUUGAUGCAUGGGAGCUGAGAAAAGAGAGUGGUGGUGUCAGGAGUGAAAUCAUCAGCUCAACUCAGCACCAAGCAGCUGAUUGAGCUCCUGUUCUUCUCUCAGGCCAUCGGGCAUUGUAAGACCACCCCAACGCUCCAACAUGGCUUCCUGGUGCAGGUUAUGAGGUAUGCAGAGCAGAGAAUGGCUACGUUGAACGAAUACUGCGUGGUUUGUGAUGAGAGACACGUUUUCCAGAACGGCCCCAUGUUGAAGCCUGCGGUGUGCACCAGGGAACUCUGCGUCUUCUCCCAUCACACCAUGGGGGUUAUGGCAGAAGCCACGGAGGAGGUCGCCACGGGUGCAGAGGUGGUGGACCUGCUGGUUGCCAUGUGCAGGGCGGCUCUACAGUCCCCACGCAAGAACAUUAUAUUUGAACCUUACCCAUCCGUUGCAGAUCCAAACAACCCCAAAAUUCUGGCUUUUAGUCCGAAGAGAAAAAGCUACGAGAGGCUACAAAAAGCCCUGGACAGUAUCCUGUUCAUUCGGAGGAUGGCACAGGGUCCUUAUUCUGACAUUAAAAAGCAGAUGGACAGGAUGGACCCUCUUGCAGUUCCUCUUCUACAAUGGAUUUUAUCCAGUAACAGAUCUCACAUCGUCAAGCUCCCAGCCAGCAGGCAAGUGGCGUUCAUGCACACGCCUCACCAGUUCCUGCUCAUCAGCAGCCCCCCCAGCAAAGAGGCUCGUUUCCAAACCGCCCGCAAGCUUUAUGGCAGCACUUUUGCUUUCCAUGGUUCCCACAUUGAAAACUGGCAUUCUAUUUUAAGGACUGGACUUGUUAAUGCCUCCAAUACCAAGUUUCAGAUGCAUGGAGCAGCGUACGGCAAAGGCAUCUAUUUAAGCCCAAUCUCAAGCAUCUCCUUUGGAUAUUCUGACAUGGGGAAGGGGCAACACCAGAUACCAACCAAGGAGGACCUCCUGAAGAAAUAUAACCACAUCCAUAAAGUCCAACAGGAUCCGCCUGGCAGGUUUCUGCAAAGCAGGAACCUAAACUGUGUUGCGCUUUGCGAAGUAAUAACCACAAAGGACCUCAAGAAGCACGGGAACGUGUGGGUGUGCCCCGUAUCCGACCACGUGUGCACACGUUUCCUGUUUGUGUAUGAAAACGGCCGCGUGGGAGAUGUCCACAUCAACACUCAGGACUCCGACAUUCAGAGACAAAUUUUACACGUCAUUGCAACCAGGCCAAGCUGAAAAAAGGACGGAUAUACGUACCAUACAGGUGGUCACAUGACGUUUUGGGGUUGAUGCCAAAGUAGAUCAUGAGGUUUGAGCAUUUGGAAGUGAGCCCCGAAAUCAAUGAAACCUGAACUUCCUUACACGGCCUGCACUCAGUAAACACACGGGGGUCCUUGGGAACGUUUGGGAGAGUGACCAAUCACAGUGGGGCGGGGGCGGAGUCAAGUUACACACACCUCUUGGGCGGUAGGCAGGAAAUCCAAGGAAUCAUUGCUGGAAGGGGUGCAGAAUCCGGAAGAUCUAGAAAGCCGUAGCUGCUCUACAGGAGUCCAUAACUCAAUGCAAGGGUCCAUUUAAGAAAGUCCUCAAUCUCCAAUCUUAAUUCAGAUCUUUUUAGUCACUUUUUUGUCUCUCCUGCGAGGUUAGCCCUUUUCCCGACACUAUUUUACAACAUCUGUGCAAAUGAUAUGCAAAUGAGAUGAUGACACACCGAGGAUAGCCAAUGAUUACCUUUUGUCACGCGCUGCAGUGACACCAAUUAGCUGCUUCAGGUGAGCAGCCUGUUGGUUUCUCUUCGGUUGUUUUGCUUUGGUUUUCCUUCCGAGCUUCCUCUACGGUUUUGUGUCGUCAUUUCAGACCUCGGUGGUCCUGAUGGGAGGAGCUACCUGACAAGAUUAUCUGUGCUACACCUUUGGUGGCAGGGGGGCGUCGUUCCAUAGCUUCUCCUACGUCUUUCGCCAAUAAUUAGAUACCGUAUUUAGUCUUUAAUAUGGUGCUUUUAGUUGCAUUAAUAAUUUAUUGCACAAUAGUUUUCCGUUAUUGCAUUUUUGCCUUAUGGCUGCUCUGUGCGGUAGAACGGAUAUUAAAAGACUCUUUUUUCAAAUCGACCUGCUUGUCUGGGAUUCAACCCAUCCUGAAGCGUGAGAUAUUUUGGAGGCGUACGAGUGUGUUCAGUGUUCAAAAUGCAUGUCUGUUGGUUUCUCUCCCAGAGGCGAGCGUUGAACGUAACAAAAAAAAAAAAAUCCCAAUAUUCUUUCACCAUUAGAGUCCCAAAGAUCAACCAGUACCUCGCAAUUGACGAGUUGACUGAGUCACAGUGUCAUCUUAGUAAGAACACUAAAUUCAUCACACAGCAACUUAAUACACAAAAGGUGUUUUUUAAGUUUGAAAUGACAAAAAAACCAAAUUUUUCAAAGUUUGAAAUGAAAUGAACACUGCAAAGAACACAACUAAACAUCCAGCUGCAGCACAAUGUUUUGGCAUGAACUAUAAAUUCAUUCAUUCAUUUUCUACCGCUUAUCCUCUGGGACCCUUCUUUGAGUUGUUGAAAGAGAACAGUAAACUUGCAAAAAUGUCAUUUAUAGUGGCUGCACGGCGGCCGAGUGGUUAGCGCGCAGGCUCCCCGUGCAUGUGUGGUUUUUCUCCGGUACUCCGGUUUCCUCCCACAUUCCAAAAACAUGCUAGGUUAAUUGGCCACUCCAAAUUGUCCAUAGGUAUGAAUGUGAGUGUGAAUGGUUGUUUGUCUAUAUGUGCCCUUGGAUAGGCUCCAGCACCCCCGCGACCUUUGUGAGGAUAAGCGGUAGAAAAUGAAUUGAUUAAGUUGCUGUGUGAUGAAUUUAGUGUUGGAAAGAUUUUCUUACCAAGAUGACACUGUGAUUCAGACUGUUAAUCUUUACCAAUCUUUGCUACUUCCCGGUCCACAGCAGACACUUCUUCUACUUUUCCUUCUCUCAUGUUUUCCUCAUUCAUCAACUCUUCACACCGUCACAGUAUUUAGUACAGUAAACCUCGGAUAUAUCGGACUCGGAUAUAUCGGAAAUUCGCUCACAACGGACAGAUAAAAAAGAACCGAUUUUUCUGUAAUGCAUUUCCAAUAAAAAUUCAUUGCAUAUAUCGGAUUUUUUAUAACGGAUUUCGCCUAUUUCGGACAAAAUCUCCAGUCCCGUUCCAAUGCAUUUCCAUGAAAUUUCCCUCGCAUAUAUCGGAUGGCCGCAUCGUGGCGCUCCGAUUCGCCGAAUCGUGACAGGCCGCUAUACGACGUCAUUUGCAGCGUUGCCUGGUACAUUGGAAAAAUAGUCAAGGAAGUGCCUUUUUAUAACGGAUAAAAUCCGAUUUACGCAUAAACCGGAUAUAAAUCCGAUAUAUGCGUAAAACUGACAUUUUCCGGUAUACGCAUAUAACGGAUUUCGCUUAUAUCGGACAAAACCAGUGGGAACAAUUGAAUCCGAUAUAUCCGAGGUUUACUGUAUAACGUAUUUUCUGGACUAUAAAUCGCUCCGGAGUAUAAGUCGAACAAGGCCAAAAAUACAUAAUUAGGUAGAAAAAAACAUACAUAAGUCGUACUGGAGUAUAAGUCGCAUUUUUUGCGGGUAAUUUAUUUUACUACUAGACCAAAACAGACAUUACGUCCUCUUGGAAGACAAGUUCUAACCGAUUUAUGCAUAAACUGGAUAUAAAUCCGAUAUAUGCGUAAAACGGACAUUUUCCGGUAUACACAUAUAACGGAUUUCGCUUAUAUCGGACAAAACCAGUGGGAACAAUUGAAUCCGAUAUAUCCGAGGUUUACUGUAUUUGAGCAUUUAAAAGUAAUAUUUAAAGUCAUUUACUUAGUCUUGCAUUUCAUUUGAACAAACGACAGCGUGCUUAUUGUUCAUGUUAGCAAACACCGCAGGAUGCGUCCCCUCCUGUGAGGCAGAAAGGCAACAUUAUAACACUACCGUGCUUCCAUAUGAGCCCCACAGCUGCCACCCCUUCUUCUCCCGUCGGCGUGGUUGGCUGCCAUUGCUGUUUUAAAGACAUUUAGGCCAAAAAAGUGAUGACGUAGUAGUGACAUCAUAGUACAGCAGCCAUUUAGUGGGUCAUCCCAGCAGGCGAUAGAUUGACUACAAGGUUGCAUUAGCCCAAAGGACGACCAUAUGGCUUCCUGAUUCUGGUGCAAAGGAUACGGACAUGAUUACCAGACUCGUAUGGGCAUCAAACGCCCAAACUUUCUGAAUGAUUGAUUGCACAAUAAAACAAUUGAGUUGUGCACAAGCGCACGCCUCGUUGCUUCACAUUUAAUCAUGCGUAUUCAUUCGCAAAAUUCCUGCGGCUUCAGGGUGUAAAUGAAGUUUGAUCGGCCAACGCCAGCGUACAUUAAUGAGUUAGAAUGCCGCAUGUGCCUUUAAGAGCUCUUUGUGCCACUCCACAUGCCUCUCUCGGAGCCUCGUGAGUGUUUCUUGGCAUCGACUCUCCUCCUGCUGAACCGGGCGAGGAUGUCCUUCACAUCAGAGGUAGAA